CCCCCUCAGCCUCUCCCGCUCCCAAAAUGGCGCUGCUCAGCGUCCUCCGCUCGGAUCUUCCAAAAUCCUUUUUAGGGCUCCCAAAAACUUUUCCCGACGAUUCCGAGGAAUUUUCCCAAAUCCUUCGGGACCCCCCGGGACCUCCGCGGUUUUUGGCGGCUCCUCCGUGGGGUUUUGAAGCGGCUCCGGAUGGUCCCGGUUUGGCGAUGCUUCACGGCACCACAACUUUGGCUUUUAAGACCCCUCACGGCGUCACCGUUGCCGUCGAUUCCCGCGCCACGGCCGGUUCCUACAUCGCCUCCCAAUCCGUGCUCAAAGUUUUGAGGAUAAAUUCCCGAAUUUUGGGCACCAUGGCCGGCGGCGCCGCCGAUUGCUCCUUC